CCAGCAUAGUGUCACAGAUAUGAUUCUUAAUAAUCCACGAGAAUCAACCAACUAUAGGCUACUUUUAUUUUUAUUGUUUAAAGAGCCAAAAAGAAUGGGUGUGAGGAACAAUUUUAAAAUCUACUGAAAUUGCAAAGGAAGCUCUAAUCACUUGAAUUAUCCCCCACUCUUAAACAAUUGAGAUACUCUUGUUAGUAUAACAUAAACAACAAUAAUAAUGUUGUCCCUUGGUAUUACCAUCGUUGUAUUUCUCAUUGGCCUAAUGGUUUCUUGGAGAUCACUUAUUCAACUACUUAAACAAAAAAUUACCAUUAUGCCCUCAUCAAAAUCAUUGAAUACACCAAAAUUACCUCCUAGCCCACCAAAAUUACCCAUCAUAGGACAUCUUCACUUAGUAGGGAGCCUCCCUCAUCGUAGCUUCCAAAACUUAGCCAAAAAAUACGGGCCUAUCAUGCAUUUAAAGCUUGGCUCCAUGGACGUCAUUGUGAUCUCCUCGCCACAAAUGGCGGAGCGCCUUCUUAGGAAUCACGAUGUACUUUGUGCAAAGAGGCCUAUGUCCGAGGUUUCUCAUGACCUUUCAUAUAAUUGUAAGGGAAUUAUUUUCACACCAUAUAGUUCAUAUUGGAAAAAUGCGAGAAAAUUAUGUGUCAUGGAGCUUAUGAGUGCUUCAAAAAUUAAGUCAUUCGCAUGGUUGAGGGAGGAGGAAUUAGGUAAACUAAUGACUUCAUUGAAGGCUGCUUCGGCAGCUGAUCAAGCCGUAGAUAUUGGCGCUAGUGUUGGUGGUGUCCUUGAGGAGUUGAUAUAUAGAAUGUUGUAUGGAGCUCCCAAGAAUGAUUUGGCGCUUAGAGCUACUGUCCUUGAGGCUUUGAGACUCUCAGGAACCCUAAAUAUUGCUGACUUUUUGCCUUUCCUUGCAUCAUUUGAUCCUCAGGGGUUGAAAAAGCGCAUAAAAAAACUUAUGAUAAUUGUGGAUGAUGUCUUGGAGAAAAUCAUAAGCAACCAUGAAGAUGAAGCAAAAAAGGAGCAACGAACUCACAGAGAUUUGGUAGAUGUUAUGUUGUCAUUGAUGAACAACAACACCACCAAAACAUCAUAUGGCAUUAAGAGGGAUGGUAUAAAAGCCAUUUUAAUAGACCUAGUUGUGCCAGCAAUUGAUAGUGCUACAAACAUAGUUAAGUGGGCACUAGCAUAUCUAUUAAAGCAUCCAGAGAAAAUGAGGAAAUUACAAAACGAGAUAGAAAGUGUUGUAGGAAAAAAUAGUAUGGUGCAGGAGAAAGAUGUGCCAAAGUUCAAAUACUUGGACCUAGUUAUUAAAGAAAUCUUUCGCCUAUAUCCAAUCAUUUUUGCUCCACAUGAAGCCAUGCAAGAAAUUACAUUCGAUGGGUAUUAUAUUCCCAAAGGCUCACAAAUUUUCCUAAAUGCAUGGGCAAUUGGUAGAGAUCCAACUAUAUGGUCAGAUAAUUAUGAAGAAUUUCAUCCGGAAAGAUUUUUGGUUAAUGAUGUUGAUAUAAUUAGUGGACAAGAUUUUCGCCUUGCACCCUUUGGAUUUGGUCGAAGGAGGUGUCCUGGCACGCAGCUUGGUCUACUAAAUGUUAAGCUAAUAUUGUCCACAUUGGUGCAUUCCUUUGAUUGGCACAUGCCUGAUAAUACUUCUUUCAACUAUUUAGUCAUGCAAGAGAAGUUUGGCCUUGUUAUGUCCAUGGCAAACAACUUGGCACUUAUUCCUAAAUAUCGCCUCAAUGUCUGAGUCUGUUUAAAGCUUUGGUACCUUUUUUUUUUUUAGAUAUACGUAGUACAUAUUUAUUUUUCGUGCUCAAGAGCCCUAUUAUAGUGUUAGAUGGUAUGUGUAAUGCUUUGUAGUGUAUAAGUACUAGUUUUAUAUGCAUGUGAUGCGUGCAUUGAAAUAAUAUUGGUUAUUUUACACAACUUUUGUGUUGA